GAAAGGCUCCCUUGGGCGCCCUUUCCUCCCUCGAUCCCUCCCAGAGCUGUUGACGGUGGCGGGGCUCACGCCCACUCUCCUGGCUGGCUAGACACCUUGCAGGGGCGGGCAAGGCUGGCGGCGGUGGCAAAAGGGGGGUCGCAACCCCUGCAGCCGGCGAGGGCGAGUGGCUGGACCCGCUCUGUCGCCCGGCUUGCGGAGGGAAACGAGGUUGAGAUCUGAAGGAGAGAGAAGCGCUGCGCUGCCGGCGGGGACGGGAAUUCAGACAUAUUCAUCAAAUUGGUUGUGAGACUGCUUUCUUGAAGAUUAUGGCAAAAUCUGGUGGGAAAGGAGUGAAUCUAAAGGACAAAUUGGAAGGCAAUGAGCUGGACUUGAGCUUGUGUGACCUCACUGAGGUGCCAACGAAAGAGCUGGCAGGACUUCCAAAGGCAACUAUUUUGGAUUUGUCCUGUAACAAUCUUACUACAUUACCAUCAGACUUCUGCAGUUUGACACACCUGGUGAAAUUAGACCUAAGUGAAAAUCAGCUCCACCAAUUACCUUCAAAUUUUGGUCGCCUGGUCAACUUACAGCACUUAGACCUGCUGAAUAAUCGAUUGGUUACCUUGCCAGUCAGUUUUGCACAACUCAAGAACCUGAAGUGGCUGGACUUGAAGGAUAAUCCCCUAGACCCUACACUGGCUAAGGUAGCUGGAGAUUGCUUGGAUGAAAAGCAAUGUAAACAGGCUGCCCUAAGGGUACUGCAGCACAUGAGGGCCAUACAGUCCGAGCUGGAUCGUGAAAGGCAGCGAAAGCUGCAAGCAGAACGAGAGCUAGAAAAGAAACGUGAAGCAGAACGACGAAUAAGAGAAGCCCAAGAGAGGGAACUGCGUAAGCGGGAAAAAGCUGAAGAAAAAGAACGCCGGAGAAGGGAAUAUGAUGCCCUGAGAGCUGCCAAGCAAGAGAGGACAACAGAACCAAGGAAAGACACUGAGCCCUCUGUUUCCCAUCCAUCGCGUCCAAACCAGCCCAAACGCUCCUGGUCCGGAGUCUUGCUGAAGAUGCUGUUACUCCUGCUGCUGGGCGCCCUGAGUACUUUGGCUGUUUGCAGGGUUACAGAGCUGCAGCACCAGCCUAUAUGCCUGAGUGUGAACACCUUCUAUGAUGAUAUGUUAACCCUUCUGCAAAGUCGUGAAAUCCUUCAGAAUAUACUGCAGCCAAAUUCACAGCAGUAAUGUCUUAGCCCUGAGGGGACUCUUCCCUUGUCAGUAUCUCUUGCUGUUUUCGCAUCAGCACAGCUAGGAUUCCUAUGGAAUUGAGCUCGGGUAAAAAUUGCUUACAGUCAUUCAGCACUGGUUCAGUGGCCUACUAUAGAAAGAAUCAAGUCCCUGCAUUUGUCAUCUUUACGUCUCCCAUGUACAGUUUCUGUGGUAAACUAGAACUUAUCAUUUCCUUCCUCUAUAUCUGAGCUCUUUCUAGACUGUAGAAAGUAUAAGGAGAGCCCAUAUCCUUAACAGCAGCUAUUUGCAACACCUACUGUUCUGGGGAACAGAUUCUAUGUUAGGAUGGCCAAGGUAACCAUGCAGUGGAGGGUAAAAUUGAUGCUGCUGUGGUGAACAUUACAUAUAUAAUUUCUUCAGCAGUUUGCUGGUCUUGUAGGCAGAAAUGUGUUUUACUUGCUGCAGCUAUUGGCUAAACCACACUGCUGGGCAAAUAGAAAUUAAUAUAAAAAUCUACAUCUACCAAAACUUGUUCUGUCUCUGUACCUCCCUCUCUG